AUGGCGAAUAAUAGAAAUCCUGCCGCUAUAGCUCAGCUUUUGGAGUACCUGAAGAUAAAUAUCGACGGCAACAAAGAAAAGAUAGAUUCUCUCAAGUGUUACACAGAACACAAAUCUAUUCCCACCAUUUACAGGGUUCGAGAUGAGUUACAUAAGAUGAAUGAACGUGCAUAUACUCCUAGUAUGGUAGCUAUUGGGCCUCUUCACAGAGGGAAGAAACAUCUGCAACCAAUGGAGGCGGAGAAGCUUAGCUACAUGCAUUUCCUAUUUAAUCGAACACCAGAUUUUGAGGAUACACGAGAUGCUUGUGUGGAAUCCAUGUUAAAUAUGGAGUCCAUUGCCAGGAAAUGCUAUGCGGACGAUGUCAAACUCCCACGAAAUUUUGAGGAAACACGAGAUGAUUGUGUGGUUGCUAUGUUAAAAAUCGAGUCCAUUGCUAGGAGAUGCUAUGCAGAAGAUGUCAAACGCCAUGAAGAUGACAAACCUGUCAAGUUAGAGUACUACUCUAAAAUUCGAGAUGUGAACUGCAGCGCAGAUCAAAAUGUCAUGUUUGCAGAAAAUGUGAGGUUCGCUGAAAUGAUGCUUGUUGAUGGUUGCUUUAUGAUUGAACUUUUUUACCGGUGUUAUAGAAGACAGAUGGACCCUAUUUUGGGGAACACUUUCAAACGCCCAACUAUCCUGCAAGACUUGAUACUGAUAGAGAACCAGCUUCCGUUUGAUGUUCUUGAGGAAUUGUUCCGCCUCACAGUUGAUCGCAUCCCAGAAAAUCGCAACCGCCCUACAUUGACUGAAUGUGUCCUUUCACUCUAUUGGGAUCUAAUAAGCGUAGAACCACGUACUUUAAAAAAAAUGGAUGACAAACGUACCGCCCAUGUACUCCAUCUUUUACACAGUUGCUACUUGCCAAGGGAGGAAGCGGAGGAGCCAGAGUCGUUUCAAGAAACAGCCGAGGUGUUAAAGAAUUUCAAAUAUUCUGCAACAGAACUCGAUAUGGGAGGAAUCAAGUUUGUGCAAGGUAAUAAAAAGGACUUAUUCGACUUCAAGUUUAAGACCCCCAAUAGUUUCUGUUUUUGGAGGAGAAGUGAAUUGGAGAUCCCACCUUUCGACGUUAACGAUUAUACUGAGUUGUUCUUGAGAAACUUCAUUGCUCUUGAACAAUCUUGUCGUGUUAAGAAAUACUUCACAUCACAUGCUCUUCUCAUAGAUAGACUCAUCAACACAGCUGACGAUGUACAAUUGCUGGAGAAAAAAGGGAUAAUAGUUAACAACAUGGGUUCCGGUGAAGAAGUGGCACAUCUCUUCAACAAUCUUGGCAAGAAUAUUUCUAUAAAUCGUCUCUACUCAACUAAGGACUGCCUAAAGGUCAUCAAGUUUUACAAUCAAAGUUGGCCCAAGUUUCAAGUCAAACUGAGACGUGAUUAUUUCAGUAAUCCAUGGACAGUCAUAUCGGUAGUUGCUGCCUUCUUCCUUUUUGUGCUUACAUUACUGCAGACCAUCUACACCAUGCGUUCUUAA